UCAUCCACAGCAAUGGACGUCAUGUCGCUGCCCGACCUCCUCGAGCAGCAUCUCGGCGAUGGACAGCUGGCCGCCGGAAGCCUGCCUCCUCCUCGCCGCCCACGACGGCAACCUCCGCCGCAUCAAGGAGGUCGCCGCGACGCUGGACGACGACGGGGUGGGGAUCGCGGCCGCCGUGGCGAGCACGACCUUCCACGGCAUGAACGCGCUGCACGCCGCCCACGAGCUGCCCGUCUACCGCUACUUGCUCGACGUGGCCAACAUGGACGUCAACAAAGCGGACGAUACUCCAGGUAGGAAGACGCCCCUGGAGCGUGCCGUGGCCGGUGGGGACUUGCCUGUGAGGUAUCUUAUUGAUCAUGGUGCUGAUAUCCAUCACGAGAGUGGAGGAAUUCAAGGAAACAUCACUGCUCUUCAUUCAGCUGCAAAGAAAGGGAGGACUGAAAUAUUGAAAUUGCUGCUUUCUAGAGGAGCUCAUGUUGAUGGCAAAUCAGAUCGUGGGACACCCCUGCAUUUUGCUGCUGGCAAGGGAUAUGAAAGUAGUGUGAAAGUUUUGUUGGAGCACCAUGCAGAUCCCAACAAGGCUGUGCCUUCUCAAGCAACACCUCUAGCUGCGGCGUUAUUCGCUACUUCCUUACCUUGUGUGAAGCUAUUGAUCCAGGCUGGAGCUGAUGUAAAUGCUACAAAUAACCCCCUGGCGUUAGCUGCAGAGAGUGGCUUAACCGAAGCUAUAAAGUUGUUGUUGGAGGCUGGAGCAAACCCAAAUUGUCCUGACGUGGUGAGCCUUCGAUCUGUUGUCUGCUGGCUUCGCAUGGGCGACAAAGAAAAGGCUUUGGAUGAUGUAAAGAGAUGCAGAAAGCAUCACCCAAAUUGGUCUGAAGCCUACCAUCGGCUAGGAGAAGCUCGAGUGCUUUUGAAGGACUACGAGAAAGCUUGUGGGUCGUUCGCUCGUGGUUUGGAGUUGGACCCUGAAAACGAUGAGAUGUAUAAUUUGUUCUGGGAGGCGUUGGACCUGAAGAAGUAAUGCCUUGUCUGCAAGUCAGUGACAGAGAGACCCAAAGCCCUUUUUUGCUCUGCUGCAAUUUUGUGUAUAUACUACAGUACUAGCACUUGCAUUAGGCUUGAAGUCAUCGUCAUGGUGGGAGAAUGGAGAACAACGGCUGUUCGGAAGAACUAGAAAGCAUAUGUUAAUGGCAACUUUUCACAUCUACUGUAGUUUUCGACAAGAUUCUUACACACAUGACAUGACACAUUCAGUCCAGCUUGCGUGCGAUGCGCGGUGAAUUGAUGACUUCUAGUUGCUCCAGAUGGAGGAGAAAUGUUGUUGGAAUGAUGAAUGAACUAAUUAAUUCCUCCUUUGAGAUAAUUGUUGAGCAAUUUGGUGCACCUGUUGUUAUGUUGCGUACUGUUAGUGUUGGUGUUCCUAGCUAA